AUGUUGCGGAACGCCACCCCCGGGACCGCGCGGGUAGGCGGCGGCACGGCGCACCGGGACGGCGUCACGCUUCAUCCGGUGGCAGAGAGUGACGCAGUUCCGAGCGGCGGCGGCGGGUCUGCGUGGUGCGGGCGCCGCGCGGCCCGAGGGUGGCGAGGGCCUCCAAGGAGUCGCCCGGAGCAGCCACCUUUGUUGUCUGAGUGCCCGAGGAACCUGAGGCCUGUGUCAGUCUGGAAUUGCGGCCGCACUGUGUGCCGUUCUGCCGCCUCUGUCGCGGUGCCUGGCAGAUGGGGUAGUCACGGCUGGUGCCGAGAAGCAGGGUUAUCUCCCGAGUCCGUCAGUACGCUCGCGAGCACACCAUGUAGGUUGAACAAGAUGAUGCUAGAAGGACUCCCUCCUCUGCUGCUACAGCAAUCCAGGAUUACUCCCACAGACUUCUGUCCCCAGAAAACUUACUCAUGCAUGCCAUGCUGUGCUCCGGAGCUUGCAGCACAUGCCGUUUCUGGCAGCCUUGGCAAUGCUUCCCCUUCAGCAAACCUGAGUGAGUUUAUUAUUCAGCAUGUUGCCCUGAUCCCAGCUGGUGCAAGACUGGCAAAUGAUGCCUCAUGUGAGGAGCUGAAGAACACAGCAGUGUGUUCGUGUGCCGAGAAGAAACGUGACUUCCAAACUACAGUAUUCAUACAUCUGGUCCUCGGUGGAUACCAGCAAGAAAAGCUAAGCCAUAUCAACUGGAAGGAUCAACUCUUCAACCCAAUACCCCAGAUCUCGCCACUGACGAUGUGGAAAUCAAUGCACUUCCUAAGAACUUGGAGACUGCAGCUGUCACUUGGAUGCAGUUAAAAAUACAUGCUUUUCUACUGAAAGUCCAGAAAAAACUGAAGCUUUUGCCCCAAAUGUAAUGGAGAUGAAAACCAAUUCAUUUCUGAGGUUUUGUUUUGGAUCAACCAUGGACUUGCUUGGAUAUCACAAAAAAAGUUGUUCUCGUUGUAUUUCCAGCCUACAAGAAUGAAAAAAAAUACCUCAAAUCUAAUGGGAAUUCUGUUCUCAUAUUGUGAAGCAAAGAGGCUGAGUAAACAUCAUAACACUUGAUUGUUUACUCUGAGCAAAAUGUCAAAAAAAUACUGGUAUUCCUUUUCCAAGGAAAUCUUUUGUUAAACAAAUGAUAAACUUUUAAUUAUUUUAAUUCAUUAGAUCUGCUUAAAUUAUGAAGAAAUUCUUCCUCAAUCUCUGCUUGAGGGUGAGCAUUAAAAAAAGUCAUCAAUGUAAAACAAUUGCCUCUCUAAUGUCACUGAUUUUCUUAGAAGAACUGAGCCUUUGAUUAUCAAUAGCAGCAUUUUCUUCCUUCAGGCAAGGGUAGUAGUCAUUAUUUUCAGUGUAUACUGAAGAGCUGGAUGUACUGAUGCCAUUUGAGUAUUGCAGUUCU